AUGUCUGACAUACAGAUGCUAAUGGAUAUGGGGUUUCCAAAAGAGAAAGCCGAACGAGCCCUGGAAGUGACCAACAACAAAGGUGUAGAACAGGCGAUGGAGUGGCUACUUGCCCACGCCGAUGAACCGCUUCCGCCAGCUACUAGUGCCGGAGGAGACAGCUCCGGCACGGCCACCGAAUCUGGAGAGAACACAGAGGCAGCGGCGGCUUCCAGCGACGCGCAACCGGCAGUCGCAAAAUCGCUUAAAUGUGAGGAAUGCGGCAAACUGUUCAAAUCACAGGACGAGGUUGAGUUCCAUGCGGCCAAAACACAGCACAGCAAUUUCUCGGAGUCGACCGAGGAGAAGAAACCACUGAGCGAGGAAGAAAGGAAGGCGCAGCUAGCCCUGCUGGAAGACAAGAUGCGACGCAACCGGCAGGAACGCUUGGAGACUGAAAAGAAGGAAGCGAUGGAGCGCGAACGACUGCGCAUCAGAUCCGGAAAGGAUAUGUUGGAGGCGCGCCGCAAAAUGGAGGAACAGGAAAUGAAGAAACUGAUGGAUCAACGCAAGCGCGAGAAGCUCGAAAGCCAACAGGCGCGGGAUCGUGUCCGGGCCCAGAUUGAAGCUGACCGUGCUGCCCGCAAGGCAAAAGACGCAGGGGAGAUCACUGUCGCUUCACCAACGUCCACAACAACUAGCAGCCCUCCAGCAGCAGCGCCAGCAUCGGGCACGACGCCCACGAAACCAGUUGAAGCCAAGACAUACACGACCGCCAAAAUUGCGAUCCGUAUGAUGGACGGGUCGCAGCUCGUGCAAACGUUCCAGGCCGGCGAGCAGCUGGCCGCCGUACGGCUGUUCGUGCAGCUGAAGAUGGAGACUGUCAAUGCGACGUUUGGACUGAUGACGAACUUCCCGAAGAAGGUGUUCACGCCCGAAGAGUACGAUAUGCCGCUCGACAAGCUGGGUCUUGUCCCGAAUGCCGUGCUCAUCGUAACGAAAGCUCCGUAGAUUUAUUAACGUAAGAAAGUUCUGAAGUAAGGGUGAUUGUAUAAAUUCUGUAAACCAGUGCGAUUUUCGGUUCCGUUCAGAAGUUUGUGAUCUAGGAAA